AGAUUUCUCACCAUGCUCUUAAAGGAAAUCUCUGUUUUGGUAACGUAUACAUAUCAGGAAACUAUUCAAGAACAAGCAGCUAUAUGCGAAAGUCAAACUACUCAACGUAAAGUUCUCAUGGAAAAUUGCACUUCGAUAGGUUGCUCCUCUACAGCUAUGCCAAAUGUUUUUCUAGAUGAACAGCUGAACCAUAUUUAUGAUUUUCAAAAAAUGUUCAGUGUGGAUGAGCUGGAGGCUGUUUUCCUUUUCUAUUGCCUUUAACUCUUCGUUUUUUGUUAUUGUGAUUCGACAAAAUGAUUUAUAGCUGAAGCAAUAGAAGCAGAAAUAAUACCACCUGAAACAACCCAUAUUAUGUAGCUGCAGUAAAUGGGAGACUUUAUUAUGCUUACAGGAUACCACUCGUAAGUUUCAACUUCUGUAGGAGUAGGGUAGGAUAAGACGUGAGAUACUUUGUUCUCCAACUCUUUCUUUGUUCGUUGAAAAAGUGGCACUACCAGUUAAGUUGUAAGAAUAUACAUUAGGGUAGCUGUAAACAAAAUGAACAGCAAAGAGCGUGGGAUCUUCCAAAAAAGUGUUAAGUGCAUUUUGCUUACAAGACCGUGCUCCAUACUGAAAUCCAGAUAUGGUUGUAAACUUAAAGAUCCUUGAUAAAGAGAAAAGUAACUAGGAGCUGUACAAUAAUCAUUCCCUAUAGUGACAUUUCCUUGAAAGACACGUUUCUUCCACCAAGAAAGCUUGAUAUGUAAAAGUUAUAGCUGUCAGACCUCAAGUUUGCUUCUUUUUACUAAAUGGCAAAUUUUUCAAGUGCCAUUUAAAUGUAGCUCGAAGAUCUGCAAAUGGAGAGAACUUGGUUGAAAAAACGACAAUUUCUGAUCAACAAUUUCAGGAUUACAUGGGUCAGAACAAAAGGCUAGCAAAGCUUGAAAAGAGCAUUGAACUUAUGUGU